GUGUAGUGCAUGCCACCAUUAAAUGUGUUGCGCAUGCUACACAUUAAGUGAAGCCUCCACUUUGAGCAGCAGCAAGAGUUGGACUUGGGAGCAGCCGUGAUGGAGUCUAAUUCAUGCAUGUAUUUUACUAUAUAUACAUUGCUUAGGCUAGGCUUACAUGAUAUAGACCAAAAACCAGAGAAAUCUUUUGUAUCCCGUUGUGUCUCCUCAGAGAUAAUUUCUUCAUAGUGAAUACUAGCAACACUCCCGUGGACUUGGUACCUUGGCUGAACCACGUAAAUCGCUGUCUCUUGUAUUGUUUGUGUUAUUUCCGCUGUCAAAUCUCUAACAAACACUGUGAUUGGGUAGCUAGUCAGCCAGUGAAAACAAAUCAAUGGAGGUGGAGAUAAUAUCCAGAGAAUGUAUCAAACCCUCUUCUCCAACACCCAUUCACCUCAAAACUUACCACAUCUCUCUCCUUGAUCAAUUCGAACCUCGCGUAUAUGCUGCUAAUCUUCUCUUUUAUCCCCCAAACAAAGCUAAUUCCAUCUCUGAAACAUCAAGACUCUUGAAAAAAUCUCUCUCAAAAACACUUACUCUUUAUUACCCUCUCGCCGGAAAAGCCAAGGACAGUCUUUCUAUUGAUUGUAAUGACGAGGGUGCCUGCUAUAUCAGUGCUAGAGUCAAUUGUGAUUUAAGCGACUGUCUCAAGCAACCAACUUCCUCAACACUCCCUAACUUUCUUCCUAGCGGGAUUUAUUCAACUGAGUUAACAUCAGGAGCUCAUGUUAUUGUGAUACAGGAAACUCUGUUUUCUUGUGGUUGUAUAGCCAUAGCCUUUCUUUUUUCACACAGUAUUUUGGAUGCAACCGCUUCAAGUGGAUUCCUGAAAACUUGGGCUACUAUUGCUCGACAGCCGAGUACUGGAGUUAAUUUAUCUCCCAAUUUUAGUGCCUCGUCUAUCUUUCCACAAACUAGUGAUGCAUUCCCAGAGGAUCUAACAGUUGUUAACUUGACGAGUUUCUACCAUAGAAAUGGCAAGUUUGUUGGAAAGAGAUUUGUGUUUGAUGGAUCAGUCAUAACCAAACUAAAGGCUAAAACAAUGAGCUCGGGAGUCCAGAACCCAACGCGUGUAGAGGUGGUUUUUGCAGUGUUCCUUAAGUGCAUCAUAUCAGCAUUGAGAGUAAAAUCAGGCAAACAAAAAUCAGCAUUGGCAAUAACUACCGUGAACUUGCGACGGAAGGCAGUGCCACCGAUCCCUGAUACUGCUGUGGGGAAUUUUGCUUGGCUAGCACCCAUAGUCCCUCAAGUUGGGGACACCGGGGAGUUGUGUGAUAUUGUGCAUCGGAUAAGGGAAUCCAUGUCGCAUAUCAAUGGUGAGUUUGUGAAGAGCCUUGAAGGUGAUGGGGGGUUUAACUUCUUUUGUGAGUCUUUGAAUGAGAUUGGUAAAUUGUGUUCUAAGGCUUUGUCGGAGGGAGCGGUACCAAUUCAGUUGAAUAGCUGGUGUAAUAUGGGAUUUUAUGAGUUCGAUUUUGGGUGGGGAAAGCCUUUAUGGGUUCCCUUUUUACUUGGAGAACCACCCAAUGCAUCCUUCAUCACUCUCAUGGAUACAAGACAAGGAAAUGGAAUAGAAGCUUGUGUGGUAUUGGAUGAAGAAACCAUGACUAUGCUAGAGCAUCACAUGGAACUCCGCUCUUUAGUCUCAGUAGACCCAAAUCCUCUACAAAUUGGUUUGUUAAGCUCAAAUCUUUGAUCAAUGUUGUUCCUUCUUCUUGUAUUUUAAUUUCUUUUGUAAAAUGUUGUCGUUCUUGAUCAAUCUUGUUCUUCUUGUAUUGUCAUUUUGAAAAAGGCUUAUGGGUGGAUGAUUUCUCCACAAUGAUUUUAUUUUUGUUUUAUCAGAUGAUUUUAGUUACAAAAUCAUCCAAAGGAUAUAACUUUGUGGACCC